AUGGAGGCAUCGUUGCGCUUACAUCAACCUCACCAUGGAACCAAAGCCAUUUCCCAUCUUCCUUCCAAAGCCACCAUUUUUCUCCUCAAGAACUCUCUUUUCAUUAAAGGGUGUCGCUCUCUUCAACUUCGAGCUGCUGCUUCUUCGUUUCCAAUAAGACAUUCAGGUAAAAAGAGGGUGGAUGAGAGUAAAAGCUUGACUUUAGACAGCAUCAGGCACUCUUUGAUUAGGCAGGAGGAUAGCAUAAUAUUCAGUCUAUUGGAGAGAGCUCAGUAUUGUUAUAACGCAGAUACAUAUGACAAUGAUGCAUUCUUCAUGGAUGGUUUUAAUGGAUCUUUGGUUGAGUACAUUGUCUGGGAAACUGAAAAGCUUCAUGCACAGGUGGGCAGAUACAAAAGCCCAGAUGAGCAUGCUUUCUUCCCUGAAGACUUACCUAAGCCAAUGCUUCCACCUUUGCAGUAUCCACAGGUUCUGCAUCACUGUGCUGAUUCCAUCAAUAUAAACAAUAAAAUUUGGAAUGUGUAUUUCAAAGAUCUCCUCCCAAGAUUGGUAAAAGCAGGAGAUGAUGGUAACUGUGGAUCUGCUGCUGUUUGUGACACUCUUUGCUUGCAGGCUCUCUCAAAAAGAAUCCACUAUGGAAAAUUUGUUGCUGAGGCAAAGUUUCAAGAAGCCCCUUCUGUAUAUGAAGCUUACAUUAAAGAGAAAGACCAGAAACGGUUGCUGGAGUUGUUGACAUAUGAAACUGUGGAGGCAUCGGUCAAGAAGAGAGUAGAAAUGAAGGCAAGGACAUAUGGCCAGGUGGUGAAGAUCAAUGAAACAGGUGAUGUAGCUGAUCCUGUAUAUAAAAUCAAGCCAAGUUUGAUUGCAAAUCUUUAUGGAGAUUGGAUAAUGCCUCUCACAAAAGAAGUGCAGAUAGAAUACCUGUUGAGAAGACUUGACUAA